AUGGCAGGUGGAUCGUCUUUCUCGUCGUGCGCCACCACGAGACCUCCAUCUGCUUCUCACAUCCAACGCUCAUUCAGCGAGACACUUUCCUGUUCCACGUCCGCGCAAGUGAAAUCCCAGAGUCAACCACAAUCGCCUGAGUUCCGUCGCGGCCGAGCCUCUCUCCCUGUGAGUCCUUGUCGACUUCCUAUGAAGAAACGGAAAUUCGACUGGGGCCACCUAAAUGAGACAUCGGAUGAGUCAAAUCAGUCUGCAGCUGCGCGGAGCCCCAUCGUAGGCUCUUGCUCCGCUUCACCAUCCUGCCCUCAGAAGCUUCUUUCACGCAAAUUCGACUCACAAUUUUCCGCUUCCUUAUCUGGUUACACCCAGGCUCCCCCUGUUUUUGAAUACCAAAUGUCUUCUCAUGAUCACGACCGUCAGAAGCCAAGCGCUACCAACCGUGAAGUCGAAAUGCCAUUAACAUUACCUUCUGGUUACGAUUAUCGUCCACGUGGCAUUUCUGUAUGUCUACCUCAACAGGCGGUUACCGAUGAUUCCGAUCAUAUCUUAUACACUGCUGACCAAAUGAAGCGAAGAAGUGGUGUUCAGAUACCCUCCUUGGACAGCAGCAACAGCCAAGGUUGUCUGACCAACACUGAGACGAAUUCGGAAGAACGCACUCCAAUUGCGAAAAGCGCCGCCAAAUCCAGACUUUCUCUGCUAGUCCGCAGUCUCACUCCAUCGUCCAAUGCGCCGCGUACUUCUGCGGAAAGGGACCGCUCACCGCUGACGACACAUCUUCACAAUUACUCAGAAAAGCCCCAUGCCUUGGCACAGGCACAAAUCGCGGCCUCUUCCUCCCUACGUUCAGUUCCCAACCUACCCGUAACCUCCACUCUUACGUGCGUCGACCGAAGUCCGACUGACCCUCCCUCGACGCAAUUCGACUCGUGUAUAAACAAGUGGCGCCAAGAAACACAAACAUUUUCACUAAUUAGUACUUUAUCAUCCGCACUUGACACCUCUCAGCCCACCACCAUGCAUUCCGCUCGCGAUGAAUCUCGUGUGCAUGGCACCUCCGUCACCAAUGAGGACAUUAUUUUAAAAUUUAGCCCUGGACACCAAUCAUCAGCUUCUUCGGUAUCCGAUGUCGCUGUGCAUAACCAUCUUCACACUCUACGUGAUACGAAGACGCCGCUGUUCGAGCAUAUCUCCAGCCCGGACACUGCGGUAAGCCAGUCGCUUCCCAAUCUGCAUACCCCUCAGAUGAGUACUUCUGAUCACAUUGCUCACCGUGAUAGCACUCUCGAUGCUGCUGCAUCGGUGAUGGGCGUCACAUCGGGAAAGCAGCUGUCUACGCCACAACAGCCAGAAACAGCAAAACCCUUGGUCCUUGCUGCGUCGACUGCGGCUGGAGCUGAGAGGCCCUCACUGGAUCAGUCUUCAGCUUCCUCCUCAUUGCAUACAGCAUUGACAACGAAUGCUAAUCUCCAUUCGAACGAAUUCCGUGAUCUAAGGCACAAGCUACCUGAAGACUUGCCAUCAAACGCGCGAAUUCUCAUGGUACUCUCUCCAACGAGACACGCCGCCAACCUUUCGGUAACUGAUGUGAAUCGGUCACACACCGUGAACUCUGAACUCAAUGGGAGCUCCAUUAUGCGUGCCUUAAACGGAUCGAAGUCCGGGUUCCCCUUGAUUUUGGUCUCUGCCUCCUCUUCUGCUGGGGCCGCAGCGUUGGCUGCUGCCGCCGCGUUAGCUUCGGGAGCACCACCGACCAGCCUGGUUCCCGUGCCUGUGCAGCUAACCACGUAUGUUCCUCCGACAACACGAAGUGCUCCCCACUCUUUUGCGUCACCUGAUGCGUAUCCGAAGGAGACAACGGACGUUCCCCAUCGAAAUCAACGUUUGAUCAUCUCACUUUGUAACCCUCCGAUUUCAUCGACGAAUGAAUGCUCCCAGAGACAGCCUCAUCCAAGGCUACACGGGGAAUCGCCGUUGCGGGAGAGUCAUCUGGGAGCUGUGCGCGUUGACGUUGCACCUCCGAACGUCACUGUUUCCCCGGCGGUUGCGAUGACUCAUCCAAGAGCGUAG